UAUAUAAACGUUAUUUGGACUCGGUUGUUUAGUUGUUGCGUUGGUACAUCGUUUCUCCUUAUCUUAUACAAAUGGCUGACCAUAUCACAGAUUUAAGGGCGAAAUGUUUAGAAAGAGGAGCAAGUGGUUUUCACGGCUUAAGCAGAAUAUUUCGACAUAUGGACGUUGAUCAUAGUGAAUGGCUAAGUCUCAAGGAAUUCAGUGAUGGCCUAAAGGCCUUUGGUCUAAGCCUACCUGAAAGUUCCGUAGAAGAGUUGUUUAAAUACAUUGACAAAGAUGGAGAGAAUGGAAUUCUAUUUGAGGAAUUUCUACAAGCACUUAGGCCUCCUAUGUCGCAGACGAGGAUUUCGAUCAUCAAUGAAGCAUUUGCCAAAUUUGACAAAACUGGAGACGGAGUAAUUACUGUUGAAGAUCUGAGGGGUGUUUAUAGUGUUAAACGUCACCCUAAAUAUUUAAAUGGAGAAAUGACAGAGGAUCAAAUUCUCAGAACAUUUCUUGAUGUGUUUGACCAGGGAGUUAAAGACGGAACGGUGACAAAAGAAGAAUUUACCAACUACUACAGUGGAGUAGGAGCAAAUAUAGAUACAGAUGAAGAUUUUGUGAAAAUGAUGAAAACAGCAUGGGAAAUAUAACAAAAUUGUUUGAUAAUAAUUUCAAUUUCCAUACCAACAAUAUCUGGAAUAAUUUACUUAUAUCAUUUGGGUUGUGAUAGGUGCAUGAUAUUAUUCGUAAAACAGCUUUAAAAUUUAAAGUAUUUUAUUUAACUCUUUCUGAAAAAAAGUAUGUAAAAAUCAUUUAAGAAUAUUUUUGUCUGUCUGACGUUUACCGCCAAAUAUAUAACUUUUAUGGUAAUGUGUUUAGACAGACACGACAUUGUACAUAUAUAUAUAUAUUGUGUAUACAUAGGAAACGUAGGAAACAGUUUCUGAUGUUCCUAACAUGUAUAAUCUAUUUUAUAAUGAAUUUCAAUAAUGUCUAUCGAAAAACUGUUGAAUGGUUAUGCAUGCGCCAGUUUAAUUUUUGGUGAAUGUAUAACACAGGAGGUGUCAUAAAUGAUCAUUAGCUAGUUAGAAAUGUCUUUUUUUUUUAAUGUAUCGGUUGUUCGUAUGAUGAAAAAGUAUUGUGGUUUCCAUUUAUAAACGGUUUUUUUAUGUUUAAGUUAUUUUAUCAAAGGUAAGUAUAAGUAUUUUUGAUUAUCGUAUCAAUAUAUGCAAUACCUAUAGACACUGUAUAGAUUGUUAUGGAUAGAACAUAUUUUAUAAGGAAUGUCAUUUGUAGAGAUUAUUAAGAUUAUAUCUUCAUUGUGUACAUUAAACUCAUCAAAUA